CGGCGUCCCACAAAUCUCUUGGCCGCUAGGUCUCCUCGGGACAUAAUACAUUGAGUUGUCUUAGAUUUUUCUUGUUAGACUGUUUGCAACUACCAGUGGACGGGUCUAUGAUUGCAGUCAUAGGACGGGGCCCGAUCCGCGCGCAUGAGAGAAUGCUUCAUUCUAUUAUACCCCGCGAAUGGGUACACUACUGCUGCUACUACUACCUAGUACGUCCAAAACCAAAUCAUCCAUGAACAAGUGCGCAGUUGGUUCCACUACAUGCAGACCAAGUGAUGUACUGGCUCUAUGCCCUGUAGUUAUACUAAUGGAUCUUAGGCAGAUAAUUGCCGAGUUGUAG